AAGAUGUUCAAGCUACGUUAGACAUAAAAAAUCUUACUUUGAAUAAUAAGAAAUUAGAAUGGACUGAUCCUAAAGCCAAAUUAUAUGCUAUCUGCUCGUCUGCACACCACAACGCUACUACAUGCCCAAGACGUCAUCAGUCCCCUAAGGAUUGCAAUAUGCAGAAUCUUUACCAGC